UGUCCAUGAUAACCUCAGGAUAUUUGAUUAGAUGGGCUGGGGGCUGGACUUCCGUGUUCUACUUUUCUGGUGGAGUUACAAUGCUGUGGUUUAUUUUGUGGAUUUAUCUCGUUUACGACACUCCGGAGGAACAUCCCAGAAUUUCAUGGCAGGAGCAAAAGUACAUAAGACAAUCAAUAGGGACUAGCACGGCAGAGCGUCCAGACCAAAUGCCGUUUAAAGCUAUUCUAACCUCAGGGCCGGUUUGGGCGAUUGCUAUCAUUGAAUUUUGUCAUGGGUGGGGCUUAUACACACUGCUGAUUGAGCUGCCCACAUAUUUUAAAACAGUCUUAGACUUUAGCAUGGAAAAUGUAUGGGAGGCAUGCAACGUUUAUGAAGAAUAUUUGCAUAUCAAAGAAAUUAGCAAGGAAGAUGCCGAGGUUGGCGCGGCUCUUGCGCUUGUGGGUGCGUCUUUGGUCGGAUGUUCAAGAACAAGCGCUGUAAUUUUAUUGACAACUGCCGUGGGUGUUUCUGGUGGAGUGUGUGCAAGUUACAUCCCAAAUCAGGUAGAAAUUGGCCCUAACUAUGCAGGUUUGGUAAUGGGAUUUACCAACACGGUUGGAAAUUUAGCUGGUUUUUUAGUGUCUGCAGUUGCAGGUUCCCUCACUCGUGGUCAUCCAACAGAUCAACACCGGUGGAGAUCAGUCUUCUUUAUUUCUGCAGCAAUUUACCUCGUGAGUGCUUUCAUAUUUGUAGCAUUUGCAACUGACAAGGAGCAGUGGUGGAAUCGGAGGAAAAUAGUGGAACCAACGGAUACACCAGGUCAAACAGCCUAUGAAAAUAAGGAGAAAGGCGACGCGUCCACCGUUGCUAAACGCCAAUCUUGAGGUGCUUGUUGCAGUUCUAAAAUUGACAACUGUAAUUUUAAGCCGAACAAGAAAAUAAAUGACGAUGCUUCAAAUAAUCUGAGG